CGGCCCUGGGACAGCCGCACAUCGCCCGGGCCCGGCGGGGAUGGCAGCGGGGCCGCGACCGGAGCACCGCACCCAUGCCCGAGCAAGCAGUUGCUGUGGCUGGAGCUGUAAUAGGAGGGAUCCUUCUAUUUGUUCUCAUUGGAAUGACUGCAUACCUGCUCUGGAAAAAAUUUUGCUGCCUCCUUUCUUAUGAAAAGCUCACCAGUUCUGUCAAAACAACAAAUGCAAAUGCCUUUUUUCAGGAUCAGACAAAUCCUGAAAUGCAACUGAAAAGCACAAGAUCCAGGAGUGUUCCAUUUAUCAUUCCACCAACACUGCAUGGGAGAGACUGGAUUAACCUGACAAAUGAAGAACAAGUUCAGGAAGACAGUGACCCCUAUAUGAUCCCUCAGUCUGGGCCACGGUCAUCAUUUCAUUCUUUGGCUGGAGCUUACGUUGUAGGGACCAUUAACCCAGAGCUGUACAAGUUUCCUGAAGACAAAAGUGAGACGGAUUUUCCUGAUGGCAACAUCGGCCGCCUCUGGUUCUCCAUAGAAUACGAGCAAGAGUCAGAGAGGCUCCUGGUCUCCUUGAUCAAAGUCAGAAAGCUGCAGCCUCCUGCUGAUUCCUGCAGCCCAUUUGUGAAAAUCUACUUGCUGCCUGAUGAAAGAAGCUACUUGCAGUCCAAAACAAAACGUAAAACACUUAACCCGCAGUUUGAUGAAAACUUUGUUUUUCAGGUUUCCAGUAAAAUGUUGCUCCAAAGGACUCUGAAAUUUUUGGUUUAUCAUGUUGAUAAACACAAGAAGCAUCAUCUCCUAGGACAGGUUAUCUUCCCACUAAAAAAUGAAGUAUUAACUGAUGACAACAAACUAGUCAUAUGGAGAGAUCUGGAGAAAGAAAACUUGGAGCCUCCUUCAGAGUAUGGUGAUAUCCAGUUCUCCCUGAGCUACAAUGACUACCUGGGCCGUCUCACUGUAGUGGUUCUGAGGGCAAGGGGAUUAAAACUCCAGGAGGAGAGCCAUGCUGUUGGUGUGUAUGUCAAAGUCUCACUGAUGAACCAUAAUAAAUUCAUCAAAAGUAAAAAGACAGCAGCUGUUCUGGGAACUCCCAAUCCAGUGUACAAUGAAACCUUCAGUUUCAAGGCAGAUCAGACAGAGCUGGAUACAGCAAGCCUGAGUCUAUCUGUGCUCCAGAGUAUCAAGGGAGAAAAAACACUUCUGCUAGGACGAGUAGUAGUUGGGCCUUUCAUGUACACACGUGGCAAAGAACUUGAACACUGGAAUGAAAUGAUCAGCAAGCCCAAGGAGCUGGUUAAACGAUGGCAUGCUCUCUGCCACAGCAUGUAGGCAGUACUGAUAAAAAAACCAACCUUAAAUUGGAAAAGCUCUUACUAUCUUUCUUAUCUAAAGGGUACAAAAAUAUUUGCUAAGAUUUUGUAUUCUAAGCAGACAAUAAUAAAAGAAUUGAAUUAUUUCCUUAACCAAACAAAAAUAAAAGAUUUGGUCCCUG